AUGAGACGUGAAUGUGCCCAGCUGGCACGGCAGCUUGAGGCAGCCUUUGCAGUCAUCUACCUCCCCUGCAACCUGGAGGACACGUCCGCAAGAAAUGCGUUGCGCAGCGAAGCAGAGCGCGUGCCGCAGGAGGUCCUAAACAGGAUGGCUGCCAGGCUGGAGCCUCCAGACCCCAGCAAGCAUGCCUGGGAGCGCAGCACUGUCACAUUGCCGAUUGAGGAGCUGCCAAGCCCAUCCAAUGUGUGGACCGGUGUCUGGGAGGCAAUUUUGAGGGCAUGGGGCCCCCCGCUGCCAAGGGCGGUCCCCACAGAACCAAGGGGCCCCGCCACCGCCGCAUCGGCCACCGCCGCGCAUGAGGCCGACCUGCGCUCGCGCCGCGCGAUUGCGGCUGCUGUUGCAUUUGUCACAACUCGCGAGGGGAAGGCAGCGGCGGCCGGGCGUCUCAAUGCCGCGCGCAGGAAAUUGCUAGCCAGGCUGCAAAAAGAUGAAGAGUGGAGGGAUUCUGCAGCUGAGCUGGCAGACUUUGAGCAGCUCUGCAAGGAUGUUGCUACUGAGUAG